ACAAAAAGGUCAGUUUUUGUGUCUUUGGCAAAGAGUUUUUCCUAAUGGGUUGGUGAUGGACAGCAGCAGCGGGACGCUGGGGCGUCGCGGGCUGAAGGGCUCGUCAGGCAUGCGACGGCAGCGGAGCCUCGAAUGGCGCCAGGAGCGCGGCUACAGCUCCAGCGAAGAGGAAAUUCCCAGCAGGCCGCUCGACAGCCACGUCUUCGCCUCCCUGUUGGCCCAAGCCCAACAGGAAUAUUCGAGUGUGGACCGUUCGUAUCGGUCGGACGACACCGAAGACGCCGUCACCACUGACAACCCGACGACGCCGUUCCCGACCCCGCCGCCCACCCUCGUGUCGCCCCGCUCCCCCAUCCCUCUGCACCGGCAAGCGUCGCCGUUUCCGAUGGAAAAUACCAAUACCAGAAGGAUUCAUUAUGCCACGCCGCAGGACCGGCUUCGAGCCAACAAUGGCGAGGUUAUCUACGCCACCAACAAAAAGAACCUAUCGAAUAGCACGCUGGGCAGGACGGGGAGAGGAAGACACAGGACGGGCGGUAUGACUUCUUCGAGUAGCGCCACUUCUUGUAACAGCUGCAAUGACGGCAGGAUACAGACGCAAGGGAACACUGAUAUUGCCUAUCAUGACACGCAGCAACGGCUCUGUCUCAAUAACGGUAAAAUUGGACGAAUUUGCAUGUGAUAGGGCGCCCCUGGCGGGUUUUCCAAAUUCAAAAACAGAUUUUGAAUCACUUAUCUAACAAAUUUAUAAACAAAUAUUUUGUGCAGCAAAGGCGCAUUUAUGUUAUGUCUGUAUUUCUAAAUUUUUUUACCUACUCGUAUAUUGUGCUUUGCAUUAAGAAAAAAAAACACACAAAACGUUAUUGUAAAAACAUAUUUUAAUACUAGCAAUAAAACUAACAAAUUAAAUAGUCUACAUUCUUUUAAGGUAGAUUUUACAUUGACCUGCAAAAUUAUAUUAAAAAUUGAAUUCUUUCUCGUUGCAAUCUUUUUUUAUGUAAAUUUAAAAUCAUCAAGAAUUUUAUUCUCAAAACGUAAAAAAAAAACGAAAAAUUAACAUAUCUCCAAAUGUUAUGAAUUUAUUUAUUACAUGAAGCAAUAUUUGCAUCUGCGAAACGUGAAAUCGUUUCCUUAUACUGGGUGAGUCUGUUAAGAAUAUAUUUCAACUUUAUAUCAAAAACUAAUAAUCACAAAAAAUCUGCGUUUGUUAGAUGUUUUCAACAAUUUCUUAUACUAGUAUUAAUUAAUUUAUAUUAAUUCGCUUAAAAAACAUUGUAUUAUUUCUAAUGUCAUUCUAAAUCAUACAAUGCAAAAAAGUUACUCUUUUGAAGCCGAAAAAAAGACUAAUGUUCCUAAGAACCAACUGGACUUAGUGUAGGCGAAAAAUUUGAAUACAAAAUUAAAACGUUGCCAGAAAAUUGUGUUUCUAUUAACUCAUCUAAAAUUUCCAAAUAUCGAGCGAUCAAGAUAAUUUGUAAUCGAGUCGUCUUUGGAUCCG